AUGUCGACGGGGCAAGAGGCGCGCGAGGAGAGGGAGAGCGACGGCGCGAGGAAGGCGGCGGACGAGCUCGCACCCUCCCAAAGUGGGCACGAGCGGGAAGGCGCCCGCGAGAAGCACCACCCGGGCGUCCUCGGGAGCAUCAAGGAGGGCACCAAGUCCCUCCUCGGAGCGAUCACCGGCAGAACGCAGGAAGCAGCGGAGAAGACUUCUGAGACGGCCGGGCAGACCAAGGACGCUGCCGUCGAAAAGGCAAAGGAUCACAAGGACACCACUGUGGAGAAGAUAGAGGAGACGAAGGAGAUGCUAGGCGAGUACAAGGACACGGCGACGGAGAAGGCGAGGGAGGGCACGGAGACGGCGAAGCAGAAGAUGGAGGAUUACAAGGAUGCGGCGGGUGACGCCGCCCAGAAAGCCAGGGACUACUUGGCCGGGACAGGAGAAGCGACAAAGGGGACGGUGACGGAAGCGGAGGAGAGAGCGAGGCAGAAGCUGGAAGAGGCAGAGCGGAAGGGAAGAGAUGACAAGGGAGGAAUUCUUGGUGCGGUAGGGAGCGUGGCGGAGAGGGUAAAAGAGAAGCUGACAGCGUCUGAAGACGAAGGUGAUAAGGCGGCGGACGAGCCGAAGAGGGAGGCGGAGAGCGCCGAUCCCCAUGGCAAGAUGUGA